AUGUUAUGGUUGGAUGCCAAGAGUAGACGGGCUCUUCGCUUAGGAUUUACCACAUUUUGUUAUCUAGUAUUCGGUGGACUAGGCUUUGGCUUCUUUGAGCACGAUGCUGACGACGAGCUUCGGAAUCGUAUCUCGAUCGACCGGAAACGUCUUCAAAGCAAAUACAACUUUUCGCAGACGUAGGUGAAGAUGGCUUAAUAUUUAUCGUUUACAUAAAGUAAAUUCAUUUGUUUAUUGUGAAUUCAGAAUCCGUUUUAGUGAUUUUGAAUUGUUAGAAGACUCGGUCAUAAAAUCGAUACCAUUCUCGGCUGGACAUCAAUGGGAAUUUGCUGGAGCUUUUUACUUUUGCACGGUUGUAAUAACUACAGUAGGUACGUCACAAUAAGAAACAACUAUCCUUGAAACCAGAGAUAACUUUUAUUUCAAUUUAUUGUUGUAGGAUAUGGUCAUUCAACUCCGGCCACAAUUCCUGGGAAAGUGUUUUACAUGGUGUUUGCAUUGGCCGGGAUUCCCCUUGGACUGAUAAUGUUCCAAUCGAUUGGUGAACGUAUCAACACAUUCGUUCGUCAGUGUUUGAUCAAGACGAGGACUAUGCUGGCCAGUCAAGGUUUAGUUGUACUGCGGGAAAUAAAGCCGAGACACCUACUCGUCACGUCCUCAACUUUUGGCACGGUCACCAUUCUGGUAGGCACGUUGGUCUUUCAUAAGAAGGAGAACUGGUCGAUAUUCGACUCGUUUUACUACUGUGUAAUAACGUGUAAGGUUAUUCAAUUUGUCUCGAUUAUCUGGGAUAACACCGUGUGACUGGUCGAAAAAUACAUAGAAACAACAUUUUAAAAAACUUUUUAGUGGACGUUCCUGUGUACUUUUUGAACAAAUUUUGAGAAAACCAGAAUUACAGAGUAAUAUAACUGUUUAGUAAGCACAAUCGGAUUAGGGGAUCAAGUGGCUGCACAGAGCAAUGAGCGAUUGGAUCAGGACCUGUUCUACGUUCUGUUCACCCUCUUCUUUAUAUUGUUCGGAUUGGCCAUCUUUUCGGCCUGUAUUAACUUACUUAUUCUAGAGUAUGUACCUCUGGUAAUUUGAUAAACUAUCAGUUCUUCAACAGCUUCAUAAACUAAUUAAUUUUGCCAACCUUAACAUUAAAACUUCAGAUUCAUGGCCCACAACGCGGACAUCGUGACGGCCAGAAGCCGUAUCAGAAGGCUGUUGUCAUUGAGAAGAGGAACUUCAUUCAGACGCAAUAUCAGCUCGAGAUUAUCCUCCCAAACCCCCAGCCAAUUGUUUAAGGCGGAAUCCACAGUUCAGUAAGUAAAUAUGACAAUAGGUCAACAAGGAAUGUAUACCUUCAGACGAGACUCGGAUUACAUGGAACUCAUGUACAAGUAUUACCGGAGGAAGCCAGUCAAGUUUGUGGUCCGAAGACCUCCGGUGGGUUAUAUUGAUCACCUUGUCAAUAUCAACUCAACUGGCAUUUGA